GCUCAGAGAAGUGCCGACAAAAGCACUUGUCCCAUGAAGGAUGGAAAUCCAUUUGGUCCCUUCUGGGAUCAGUUCCAAGUGAAUUUUGAUAAGUCCGAGCUCUUCAAGGGAAUCUCCUUCAGUCCUGCGUACAAGGACCACUGGAUCCAAAGAUUUUCACCGUCUGAGCACCCUGUGCUCGCCUUACCUGGAGCUCCGGCCCAGUUUCCAGUCCUAGAGGAGCACCGGCCGCUCCAUAAGUACAUGGUGUGGUCUGAUGCAAUGGUGAAGAGAGGAGAAGCCUAUAUUCAUUCUCUGCUGGUCAGGCCCUACGUGGGAAUUCACCUGCGGAUCGGCUCCGACUGGAAAAACGCCUGCAAUAUGCUGAAGGACGGGACGGCCGGGCCACACUUCAUGGCUUCGCCUCAGUGCGUGGGCUACGACCGGAGCACCGCGGCGCCCCUCACCAUGGACAUGUGCCUGCCGGGCCUCGGAGAGAUCCAGCGGGCUCUCAGGCUCUGGGUGGAAAAGACAGAAGCUAAAUCCGUGUAUAUCGCCACUGAUUCCGAGCCCUACACCACGGAAAUACAGCAGCUUUUCCAGGGAAAGGUCAAGGUGGUCAGCUUGCAGCCAGAAGUGCCUCAGGUUGAUUUGUACAUCCUUGGCCAGUCCGAUCACUUCAUCGGGAACUGCGUCUCUUCCUUUACUGCCUUUGUGAAAAGAGAGCGGGACGUGCAUGGAAAACCCUCCUCGUUUUUUGGCAUGGACCACCCGCCAAGGUUACGGGAUGAGUUCUGA